AACAAAGAAGUACAAGCCAAGAACCAGGGGGACCACUUGCGGAAAGUGCAAGAAGCUACUAGACAACACCACACAAAGUCAGUACUACGGAGUGUGGUUUUGUGAAGAGACUGCAACGGAAUCGAAGGAACAGUGGUUAAGGAGUCAAGAAGAGAGGAGACGAGCAAAGAAAGAAGAGAAGGCAGUAGCAGAAGCUAUAAGAAGAUAUAAACCAUUUUUUUAAAUUAUAAACGUGCCAUCAUUCAGCUGCAGUAGUGAAAUUAGCAAAGACAAGAAAGUAAUGCUGGAAAUGUAUUGAGAUACAUGUGAUUGGACCAGUUCUACAGUUUCCACGAUGUCAGCACGCAAAAGGAUAUCAAGGCUCGUGGCUAGAGACAGGAAGACAUUGGAGGAGACACUUUCUGCAGGGAGCAAGUCUGGACUCAAAGCCCCAAUCAGUUCGAGCAAGAAACCCAACAAGGGAGAUGUAAAACCAGGUACGUACUACAUAGAAGUUGAAUGAGUGGCAUUAUGAAAGUGAUCAUUGAGUCUCUAUAAAAUUGAAAUUAUAUGAAUAGUCAUAGUAACUGCAACUUCUCAUUGGAUACUGUCAUAUAUAGAAGAGGUGAAGGCUUCCAUCACCUCCAUCUUCGACAGGGUGCUGAAAUUGGCUUCCACGAAGAAGAUGGUGAAGAAACUGGCUGGCCAUGCAGACAAGACAGCAGCCUGGGUCACAAACGUUGGGAACGAGUACGGGCAGGUGCUGAUGUCGGUGCUCACAGAAGGAGAAGGAGAUAGCCUUGACCUCAUGCUACUAGGUAUCAUCCGUCGCUACGCAGAUGCGGGUGUCGCACCUCCAGAGCUGCUCUACGUGGACAGAGACUGCUGCAAUACCAAUUCCCGGCUGCGAAGGAAGUUCGAAGCCUUGCAAGACAUGACGAUUCGAUCGGACAUCUGGCAUCGGAUGCGAAGGCUUGCCACUGGCUGCUCGACAGACUCCCAUCAACUCUACAAUGACCAUCGUCGAGUAAGCACGCUCUUUUCACCGCCUCUCCCCCUUCCGUAUCUUCCGCGUAUCUUCCGCGUAUCUUCCGCGUUAUGUCGAAAGCAACCAAAGCAGCCAAGAGGCCACGCGUUGAGACGCCGCCCAGCCCAACCGAUACAAGCGCUCUAAUACCAGUGAUACGAAGACUUUUAGAUGCCCAAAUGGAAAAAUUCGAGAGUCGAUUCAAGAACUUUGAAAGCUCGUUAUUUACUAAAAUUAAAGAGUUGGACAAUGACCUUAAUGACAUUAGAGCUAUGCUGGAGUUUCAAAGCCACGAAACAGACCAGCUAAAAGUAAAAAUGGCUGACAUGGAAACAAACUUUAAACGAAAAGACGAGGAACUUCGAGAGGAAGUCGACAGAUUAGCUACGUAUGUUGCUAGAGAGAAUUUAGUCAUCUUGGGAUUGAAAGAAGUGAAGGACGAAAAUCUCUCCAGCGAGCUGAGUAAAUUGUACAAAGAUAAGCUAAAAAUGGAGGACGAUGUUAUACAACGAAUUGAGUACCAGAGAGUACACAGGGUGGCUGCAGCGGGUGGGGGACCCCGCCCUAUUAAAGCGCGAUUUACUCGAUAUGCGGACAAACUCUUGGUGCAGAAAAACGCCAAACUUCUCAAAGGCUCCGACAUUUAUUUGGCGGAUGACCUACCUAAGCAUGUGAGGGAGCUAAGGAGGGUGCAGGUACCUACCCUAAAAGCAGCCCAGAGCGCAGGGAAACUAGCGUUUUUUGGUCGUGCGGAGCCAACGAAGCUUUUCGUAGACCAUGUCCUAGUUCCAAUCGGGGAACAGAAGAGCCUUAUAAACAAAUUGGAGAAGAGCGCUAUUGGAGUUCAAGUCAAGGUGGGGCAUACGGCAGCGAUCAAUGUCCGGGACAACAAGGAAAACGAGGAAACGAAACUGACCGAGCAGGCUGAAGGAAAUGUUCUACGAAACCGAGAGGAACAGAGGGAAACGAAUGUGACAGGAAAUCCUAUCAGAGGAGCGGAGGCGCCAAUAGAGGUGAUGGACACAAGGAUGUAACGACCAAGGGAAACAUCAUUGCAGCGACCAACGUCAGUGGUGACAGGAAGGAGCAUGAAGACAAGAAACAGAGGGAGAAUAACCGUUUAAGAUAAGUAAAAAUUCCAUAUUGAUUAUUUCAAAAACCAAUGUGAGCUGAAAUGAGGAUGGAGAUGGAAACAGAAGGAAAA